AUGGGUAACAAGUGUCCUUCUAAUCUAACAGAACAUGAGGUCCGGAUUGUGCUGUUGGGGAGGACUGGAGUUGGGAAGAGUGCAUCAGGAAACACCAUCCUGGGGAGGAAAUAUUUCCUAUCAAAGUUUUCCUCUCUUUCUCUGAUAAAAGACUGUAACAAGGUUCAAGGGAAGGUGGAUGGGCAUAGUGUAACUGUUAUUGACACCCCAGGGUUGAUUGGUACUACAUUGUCCAAUGAGGCGGGACUGAGAAGGAUUGCUCCGUGCAUCUCUCUCUCCGCUCCUGCUCCCCAUAUGUUCCUGGUUGUGAUCAAGUUGGGAAGAUUCACUGAAGAGGAACAGAAAACUGUGGAGAUAAUUCAGAGAUUCUUUGGUGAUGAAGCAUCCAAAUACACCAUGGUUCUCUUCACACAUGGAGACCUUCUUGAUGAUGAUGAUGUAACAAUUGAUGAGUUCCUGAUUGAAAAUCCAGGUCUGGAAAAUGUAAUUUCUCAAUGCAAGGGGGGAUAUCAUGUCUUUAACAACAACGAUAAGAAUCGCUCUCAGGUCACUGAGCUGCUUGAGAAGAUAAACAAGAUGGUGAAGACGAAUGGAGAAAGAUACUACACCACUGAGAUGUUCCAUGAGGCUGAGAGAGUGAUGGAAGAUGAGAAGAACAGGAUCCUGAGAGAGAACGAAGAGAAGAUACGCAGAGAGGAGGAGAAACUGAAGAAAGAAAAAAUGAAACAAGAGGCCCGGGAGAAAGAGCUUAAAGAGAAGAAUGAGAGGAUCCUGAGAGAGAACAAAGAGCAGUGUUUUAUCUAA